AAAACAGUUGAAUUCAGUUGAAUUCUGCCAGCUCUCUAGAAAACUCGCACAAAAGAGAGCUAAAACCGUUAAUUUAAAGUUCAAAAAUUUAGAAUACGGUCAAAAAAGUGUUAAAUAUAUAUGAAAAAAUAUUGUUAAAUUGAAAAAAAAAAUCAAAAGAUCAAAAACCUGAUAAACUAAAAGAGGUGGUUGAAAAAUCGAAUAUCGAGUUGAAGUGCAGUACUGAAAAUUAAAGUCUAGUGACAAGAUCGAGUCAAUCGGAUAGCGAAAUUAGUUUAGACCCCGAUUUCGAGCCCCGCACGUUGUACACCUGGUUUUUCUCGCUGGCAACGUAGUCGGCCAUUGAGUUGGCCGAUACCAAACGACCUUCAAAACGUUUUGCGUCGAGGCAAUACGCACUAUGGGCUGCGCACAGUCUGCCGAGGAGCGAGCCGCAGCCGCCAGGAGUCGCCUCAUCGAGCGCAAUCUCAAGGAGGACGGCAUACAGGCGGCAAAGGACAUCAAACUUCUGCUGCUGGGUGCCGGUGAGUCGGGCAAGAGCACAAUAGUCAAACAGAUGAAAAUCAUUCACGAGAGCGGCUUCACUGCGGAGGACUUUAAACAAUAUCGACCGGUUGUCUACAGCAACACAAUACAAUCAUUAGUUGCAAUAUUGCGCGCGAUGCCAACCCUAAGUAUUCAGUACAGCAAUAACGAGCGGGAGAGCGAUGCCAAGAUGGUGUUCGACGUGUGCCAACGCAUGCACGACACCGAGCCCUUCUCGGAGGAGCUGCUGGCCGCCAUGAAACGCCUCUGGCAGGAUGCCGGUGUCCAGGAGUGCUUCUCGCGCAGCAACGAAUACCAACUAAACGAUUCCGCAAAAUAUUUCCUGGACGAUUUGGAUCGGUUAGGCGCCAAGGAUUACCAGCCAACUGAACAGGAUAUCUUGCGUACUCGCGUCAAGACCACUGGCAUCGUUGAGGUACACUUCUCCUUCAAAAACCUCAACUUUAAAUUGUUUGACGUGGGCGGACAGCGCUCGGAGCGUAAGAAAUGGAUACACUGCUUCGAAGAUGUCACGGCGAUCAUUUUCUGCGUGGCCAUGUCCGAGUACGAUCAGGUCUUGCAUGAGGAUGAAACCACGAACCGCAUGCAAGAGUCGCUGAAACUGUUUGACUCGAUCUGUAACAACAAAUGGUUCACGGACACCUCGAUUAUUCUGUUCCUGAACAAGAAGGAUUUGUUCGAGGAAAAGAUUCGCAAGAGUCCCCUGACGAUUUGCUUCCCCGAAUACACAGGUGGACAGGAGUACGGCGAGGCGGCUGCUUACAUUCAGGCUCAAUUUGAAGCGAAAAACAAAUCAACCUCGAAAGAAAUCUACUGCCACAUGACGUGUGCCACAGAUACCAAUAACAUUCAGUUUGUAUUCGAUGCUGUCACUGAUGUCAUCAUAGCAAACAACCUGCGCGGCUGUGGACUGUACUAAGAUGGAUUCCAGGCCGGAUCCUGACUAUGUCGACGUCGAGUCGAUGUUGAUGAUGAUGACGAUUAUGUGGAGCAGAAUGGGGGCGUUAGCAGGGAACACCGUAACGGUAUUAAAGAGCAGCGCGGGAGCACAACAACCCACCAGCAUUGAUCAAAAACCAAACAAUUUAGGAGCAGAUGAUAGAACCAACCAACCGCAACCACACAGAAAACAUAGGACACUGAACAAGCAAAGCCCAAAGAACUUUUAUUUGUUUAACAAAAAACGGCGGACGGACGCAAAUCCCGAACGGAUGUUAUAGGGGAAAUGAGCGACAAGUACAUUACAUAAUAUCGAUAAUAUUGAUGCAGAUGCAAAAACACAUAAUGCUAAUGAUGAUCAGGGCGACAAUGAUAAGAGGCAACAGACAACUGACACUGGGACACGCGAUUUAAGUCAAAUCUGAAAAAAGGCAGUUGAUUGAAAGGCAUUUCCUAUAUACAAACAUAUACAAACACAUACAUAUGCAUUAUGCAAAGCCACAUGUAGGACAUGACACUAACACACUCACACGACAUACACAAGCGCCAGCAUUGCAUACAGUUGUUGUUUGGUCUGAAUAAUUUUUAUAGAAUUUCAUAAUUUAUGUGUAGUUUAGUUUCCUCAUGUAUUUAUUAAAACAAAAACCAAACGAGCGUAUAUCUACAUAUACCGCAUAUAUAUAUACAUACACUUCUAUACAUAUAUAUAUAUAUACAUAUAUAUAAAUAUUAAAUAUUAAAUGUUUCCUGUUGCAAUCUCUCUUUAAAAUUAUUCAUGCCAUCAACGCUCUGCAUUUGUCAUGCUUGUUUAGACUUAAGUUCGAAAGUUUCAAAAAAAUCCAGCGGCAAAGGAAAUAUCAAUAUUCAUUUGAUUGAGUGUCAGCAUGUGGGCUAAAUUAAAUUUAAAAUAACAAACCAAAAGAAAAGAAACGAGGAAAAGAAAACAUAAAAUAUGGAAAGCAAAAUCUUUAACGUUAAGUAAAAUUUAAAGAGAAAUGAAACGGAUAUAAAAUCUAUCUAUUGUAUUUACAAGAACAAAAA